AUAGAUUCUUCUCAAGUGCAAGUUUGUCGCUGUAAAGGUGAUAAACCUCAGGUGUCGGCAAAUUCAAACGGUGAAAGGUCGUUUUAUCGCGGUUUAUAUCUCUGUCUAGACACAAUACAAGAAAAAUAUUAAAAGUCACCCCUUCAUAGGAAAAAGUGAGUAACUCAAUAAAUCCAGAAAGAGUAUUUUAAAAGCCACAAGAUGGGUUUUCUGGACAGGCUGGCUCAGAUGCUGGGACUGAAGAAGAAGGAUGCCAAAGUACUGGUUGUUGGGUUGGACAACAGUGGGAAGUCUACUAUACUAAACCACCUGAAGCCCGAGGAAGCCAAGACAGACAUUGUGGCCACAGUUGGCUUCAAACAGGAAGUAUUCCAAACCAAAACCUUACAAUUUACAGCCUUUGAUAUGUCUGGGCAGGGCAGGUAUCGCAGUCUGUGGGAGCACUAUUACAAAGAAUGCAAUGGGAUUAUAUUUGUGAUUGACAGCAGUGAUAAACUGAGAAUGGUUGUCGCCAAGGACGAGUUGGACACAUUGUUACAACAUCCAGACAUCAAAGAUAAAAGGACUCCGAUUUUGUUCUUUGCUAACAAGAUGGACUUGCGUGAUGCGCUGUCUAGUGUGAAAUGUUCUCAGUUGCUGGGACUGGAUAUGGUAAAGGACAGAGCAUGGCAUAUCUGUGCCAGUAAUGCUAUCAGUGGUGAGGGUUUAGCUGAAGGGAUAGACUGGCUGACGGAACAACUUCAGAGCAUGCUAAAAGGAAAGUAAAUACAACAACAACUUAAAGAUUUACUAGUAUUUGACAAUCAUGGGGUGGGAUGUUUGAAUCAAAUAAAAAUGAAACUCUGUGCUCGCAGAAGUGAAUAAAAAAACAGACCAGGUUUCUGUAUUUUGAUAAAAAUGCCUGUGCGCCUAUUUCAGAAUUGCACAGAAACAUACUUUAUUCUUUGGCACAAAAGAUCUGCAACAAAAAAUAUAAAAGUUAACAAUUUUGAAGCAGGGACUUACAGAACUACUUACAAGUUUAUUUCUGGGUAUUCAAGAGAAUGGUAUAAAGUCUCUGGAGAAUGAUUGAUUGACUUGCAGAUGUUGCAGUAAUACCAACAUUGGGACCAUUUGAUAUCGUCUGAAUAUUGUCAGAGUCUGACAGCAGAUCUUGUCUUAUCAUUUGAAUUGGUGAACCAAUGCAUUUCAGUUUUAGAAUAAUAUAUCUAUACAUUGGGAAUAGACAUUCAUACUGAAUGGCAUUGUGUGAGGAGAAAGCAUUUAAAGCUAAACUGUCCACUUCAAACUAAUAUAACAUAAACCAUGUUAAACUGUGGUCAUGAGGUAACCCAUCUUCACAUGAGAGCAUAAUAUAGACCAGCUCUUAAAUAUGGUGUUUAAAAUCUCGUAUGAGAAGGUAUGUAGAGGACAUAAUUGUGUGAAGGCAGUUACUGAAGCAAUUAUUGAUGGAAUUCAAUGCUAGAAAAUGUCAAUUGCUUCAUUGCAUGUUUGUGGUGAAUGCAAUAUUGGUACCCAGCACUACCUGGUUAUAUUCUUGGGGGAAUCAUUUCCUUCAUAUCUCAUGCAAUUGUAAAUUAACACAUUUUAUUAAGACUGUAUGACCUCAUUUCUUGUGCUGUAGUAGUAGAAGCAUGAAAGUGUGGCACCUAUCCUUCCCUCCCCCUAGUCACCAGCGUCCCAAUAUAAAUGGUUUGAUAUUUAUAACAUUGUUUUACUCUUUAUAAGCACUUUUGUAAAAUUUCUUUCUUACCUUGAAAUAUUUAUUUUAUAGUUUUAAUGUAAGUUAAUAUAAUUAAUUAGUUGGGCAUUGUCUCACAUGUUAAUAAUCAAUAUUUCACACUGGUCACAGGCAUUAAGUCAACAUUCCUGUAGUUUCCUCCUCUACUGGGGCUCAAGUGUUUGACCACAAUUACAGGUUAAAGAUUAGUGGUACAUGUGUCCAGAGAGGUCAGUCAGUUACUGCCCACCUAGGAAUGGGAAUAGCCGUCCAGAUAACUUUGUCCUUAGAGUUUUAUUUUUAUACAUAACAGGGAUGUCAUCACAUUGGAAAUCUGGGAAUGUGAUGAAAAAUUAUCCAGCUAUGAGUGGGUCACAUCACCAGUUCAGAUUAUUUAUGAAUUUAAACUAAGGUAGCAGUAAUUAAUACAAUAUGGAAGCCAAUCAUAAAACUUCUUGUUUACCAUGUUUACCGAACUAUCUUUUAUAACUUAGAUGGAAAAUAAAUUUUGAAAAUAUUAAUAAAUGGAUCUUAAUUUUUCUUCA